AGGGUUGUGAGCUGCCACAUUGAAGGCGGACAGCUUCGUCGAGGGACUUGAAUGCGAACUCUGAGGGAUCAUGCGCUCUGUCUUUCUCCAGCUUGAUGUGUUAACAGUAAACUCAGCAUCUUAACAUUCAAAGCAGCUUUAUUUCUGGACUGGUUUUCAAUUUAGAUAAGGUAUUAGUCGACCUGCACGAUGAAUGGGCCUACUUUUGAGAGGAAAGUUGCGGGCCAAUCGUCCGAUCUCCUUGGUGCAGUGAAUUAUCACCCGUCCACAAAAGACUCGCCGACGCUCCCGGAGUCCUCUGCCACGGACAUGGGCUACUACAGCAGCCACACGACGCACAGCCAUCACGAGUACUAUCCUGGACAGUCCUACUCGCAACCAAUGAACCCUUACACAUAUCACCACUAUAAUCUAAACGGAAUGGGAGCUUCAGGAGUUUACUCUGCCAAGUCGGACUAUCCUUACCCUCAAAUAUAUAGCAGGCAAUACGAACAUUUUGACCGGGACGCACAUUCACCUUCCCAAGAUAUCGUGAAAGAAGAACCCGAUCCAGAGGUACGAAUGGUCAACGGAAAGCCCAAGAAAAUACGUAAACCUCGCACCAUAUACUCAAGUUACCAACUCACAGCGUUGCAACGUCGUUUCCAGAACGCACAGUAUCUGGCACUGCCAGAGCGAGCUGAGCUCGCGGCCCAACUCGGCCUCACACAGACACAGGUCAAAAUUUGGUUUCAAAACAGACGUUCCAAAUUUAAGAAGCUGUUCAAAAACGGGGACAUUCCUCUAGACCACAGCCCAAACGCCAGUGACUCCAUGGCCUGCAAUUCGCCAGCAUCGCCUGCUGUCUGGGAUGGUAACAGUGACUCAAUAACCAACCGAGCCGCUAGGGGGCCAGUUCUCCAGCCAUCCGUCAGUUCUUCACCGCCUUACAUGGAGGACCACAGUCACCAUAACUGGUAUCAACAAGGUUCACAUUUGCCCCAGGCUGGGCAUGUGCACCAUUCACCACGGCCGCCACAUCAGCAUAUUGGUGCAGUAUACUGAAAGAAAAAAGGAUUGUCAUUCUUGUCUUUGGAUCCAAGUACUCUGAUGUUGCAUUGGCUACACAAGAAAUACAGGACUGUGAAAUGGAAAGAGUUUGUAGGGAAGUCAACUUCAUGGACUGUUUGGUCAUAUGUCCUUUGUCCUACUCUGUUUCCAAACUAAAAUGCAGGACCUUAACAUCAAUCAGUCAUGAUUUGUUUACCAGCUUUUGGUAUUGCCGAACAAUGUGGAAAAUGUGGCAACACUUCAAGGUCACCAAAUAAACCAUAAAGGUAUUUUGUUGUCUGAUCUUAAAUGACAAGAGUGGCUCUGAUCCUUCAAACACUGAAAACUCAGAGCAUUCGCCAGCUUGCAUGUGUACAUUUGCAAUAUAAAUGGCUGUUGUAUUAUUAAAUCUAGUUUUCUCACGUUAAUAAAUUGUAAAGUAUAGUAGGCUACAUUUUACUUCAUGGGAAAUGUCUGUUUAAAGAACUUCUAUUUGAGCAUACAUAAAAUGCCUUUGCAAAACAGUAAAAUGGUGGUGAACGGUACUACUGGAAGUGGAUGCUAAAUAUAUAAAAAGUUCAAUACAUGUUAUACAUGAUAAACUGUGUUUCAUAAACUCAGGUAUUAUUUAUUCUGUGUGCAACAAUUACAUAUAUACAUAUGAGGUCAUGUUAGUGCAUAAGAGAUACAAAUGUGUAUGUACAGUGAAUAAUAAAGCUUUUCAAAUGUCA